CCUCGCUUGCUUAAUGCAGUCCGCAAAAUAUAAAGCUCCCACUUUCAUGUUUUAUCGAUCAGUUUUCAAUCUGUGUCUGCUGACAAUUGCCUCUCUUUCGAGUCUCAAGGGUGAAAAUUGUUUUUUGUAGCAAUAAAUGAUAUGGAAGACAAUCCUGCAGAAUGACGAAACAACCUUCAACCCGAAGUGAGAAGAAAUUUUUUGUUAAAGACGAGUUAGCUGACCUCAUUCAGAGUACCUCUCAGGCGCUAAAUCAUCACAGAAAGAGAAAGAGAAAAGAUUCUAACCUGAUUGUUGACAGUGCCAGUCCUAAGACAAAGCAAAACAGAACUGAAUUGAAGGCCAUGGACCAAAGCUCUGAUUCCACAGAUUUGAUCUCACAGUUCCCUGAACACAUUAUCCAUCAUAUUCUAUCUCUACUGCGUUGUAAGAAAGACGCAGCUCGAACCAGUAUUUUGUCCAAGAGGUGGAGAGACAUAUGGGCUUCAUACUUGACAUUGGAUUUUGAUCAACGCAAGUUCCAAAAGCAAAAGAAGCAAUUGUAUUUUUACUCUAAGAGGCGUUAUCGAAGGAUCAAAAAGAGAAAAGAUGAGGAAAUGAAGAUGAAGAAUGAAAUAUUUCUGAAUUUUGUUGAUGAAACCUUGCAGAGCCGCAUUGAGGAAAAAUCUAGCAUACGGAAAUUUAUGCUUCAUUUAACCUCCUAUAAUUUGGAAUUGUCUGAUCGUGUGGAUCAAUGGAUAGGUAUUACAACAAAAAGCAACAUCCAAGAGUUAGAUCUCCAUAUCCCAACCAAGAAAAAUAUAAGUUAUUGUUUGCCUCAAACUGUCUUUGCUGCCAAUACUUUGACUGCAUUAAGGAUUUCUGGCUGCAAUUUAGGAGCUUGCGCUUAUAUUAACAUGUCCAACUUGCAAAAACUUUAUAUUAAAAAGGUCCACAUUGAUGAAGAGAGCAUUCAGAAUCUGAUUCUUGCUUGCCCUUUAAUUGAUGAUAUGAGGCUCAUAUACUGCAGUGGAUUGAAAACUUUGCUGCUUUCCAGCAAUAGACUUAACAGAGUUGAUAUACAUUGUUGCCAUGGACUGAAGAAAGUUGAAGUUAAAUCACCAAGUCUUCAAUCAUUUUGGUAUCAACGAAAGAGAUCUAGGUGCAGCAAAAUCAACUUGGCCAUGUGCAAAUCUCUGAAAAGUUUGACUUUAGAGGAUAGCAAAAUGACGGAUGAUUUGUUUCAGAAUCAUCUUUCAAAUUUUCCUGUCCUUGAACAGCUGAUUUUAAGUAAAUGUAAUGCCUUACGUUGUAUUACAAUUUCAUGUCAUCAGCUAAAGACGCUAGCCUUGAGAGGAUGUAGAGGGCUAAGGGAGGCUGAUAUUGAUACUCCAAAUCUUCUUUCUUUUGAGUAUAAGGGUCCAAAGGUACCCUUUUCUUCUUUUGACCCUUCUGGUUUGAGGGAGGCAAAGCUUCAUAUUGAGCCUUACAGAUUGCCUAACGAUGUUGAUAGUGGGUUUUCUUUUGAUAAAUUGCAAACUUUUCUUCGGAAGUUUGAUUGCUCCAAGGGCUUGAAACUUAUAGUCCGUACAAAAGAGGAUAUUAUUCUUCAUGAAGAUCUGAGAAAUAUCUUGGUUCCUCAAGUUGUUGAUUUUAAGCUUGAAAUUAUCAAAUCAUCGACGAGCUUGGAAGAUAUAUUAGAUAAUUUACUCCGGACAUGGCAUCCAUACACACUGUCAAUAGUAUCAUCUACAACAAGUGAUUUCCCCGAGCAAGUAUAUAAGAAAAUGGCGGAUGAUAGAGGAGUGGAGCUAAGCUGCUGCAAGUAUAACUCUGUGAACAACAAAUGUUGGAAGCAUUUUUUGGUGAAGGCCAACAUUGAAAACCUUGGUGAUACUGAAAUUGAAUCUGAUUGGAUUACUUGGUUGAAGUCCUCUGCAUCUAUGGUGAACCGAUUGACUUGUUUGAGAUUAACUUGGAAAUGUAGAGAUAACAUAUAAUUAAUUGGUUGGAUUGUCUGAGGACUUGGAAUGGUUAUUUUACAUAUGACAUCAAUUUGAAGACAGAAGACAUUAUAGGAAUUCAUUCUUAAUGGGUCAGCAUUAGUUAUUUGUGCUGAUUAUAUCUUUUUAUUUUUUGAAAUUAUUAGGACAAAUUAAGUGGUUUAUGGGUAUACAAUGAUCAAUAUGUACAUUUUAUUAAAUUAUACAGACUAAUUUGUAAUUUAUCUUGUGAAAAGCUAUGAAGAAUCAUUUUGUUGC